AUGCCUGAGCCUAUGAAGAACCAGCUUAAAAAAAUGUUUGAUGCAUUGAAACAACACUAUCCAAACCAACAUACUCAAAUAAUCAUGGAAUGUUUGGAUGAAGCAGAGAUUACUUUGCCAGCAAAAGAUCAAUCAACAGUAUUUCCUGUUGAAGGAAGACCAAUGGCAACACCAAGAAAAAGAGUCAUAAUUGAGGUGACAAGUGCCAGUGGUUCUGAAUAUUUUGAUGACGAUCAUAAAGACAAUGAUCGUCAUCAAGAAAAUAAUAUUUCUAAGGCCAAAGACAAUAAUAAAACCAAUGAUAAUCCGGAGCACAACAAGAAUGAUAAGGUAGAUGUAGAGCAGUUGAAACAAACUGCGAAAUCACUUCUUCCGGACUUGGAGAAAGUUCAAGAGAAUUUAGAAGGAUUGGCUGAGGAUGUCAGAUUGAAGAGGAUCGAUGUUCCAAUUGCACCUCAAUUACUUGAUGAUACUAAUAAAGAAGCGGUGACGAAGUAUAUUGUUGAUAUCCAUCGAUAUCAUGAUAACGGGGAACGAUAUGGAAAUCUGGGAUUAUUAAUCCAAUACGCUGGUGCAUUCCGUUUGUUUUGCCUCUGUGAGACAAUCAAGAAAGAUUACCCAGGCUUUCAUGCUACAGUUGUAGAUUUUUUAAAAAAAUGCAAUUAUAAAUAUUCCAAGAUCGACACCCUGAAAGCAGCCGGUAGAAAAUUCAACUUGCUAUUACAGCAUUUCAAUCAGGGCGCAGCAAAAAACAAGGAUUUGACGGAGAAGUUACGUGCUUUGAAAAUUGAUGACAGCACGCUUAAGAAUAUCGGCGAAUUAGCCUAUUUGCAUCGUUUGAUUGAUUAUGAUGAUCACACAAGUAACGGCUCUUUACAAUGUAACGCACAAGAAAAAGGUAGUAAGACCUAUGAGAAGGAAUCAGUACGAGAUUCUUCUUCCAUGUAUAGAGUCAUCAGUUUGGGUAGAGGAAUUGCAGUCAGCAAAGACAGAGUGAAGUGA